ACCGAACAUUACAAGCUCUUUCCAACAAGUACGGCCAAAUACUUCUCCUCCGCUGUGGAUCCCGUACAAUUCUCUUAGUCUCCUCCCCUUCAGCCGCCGAUGAAUGCUUCACCAAGAACGACGUCGUCUUUGCGAAUCGGCCACGAACGCAGUGUUAGAGAAGGAGAGAUCCGGUUGUUACUCGAUCAAAUCGUGCAGAGUUGCAAUCAAGGUGAGAGAAAGAUUGAGCUGAAAUCCAAAUUUAUUGAGCUCUCCUUCAAUGUGAUGAUGAUGAUUGCUGGAAAGCGGUAUUUUGGAGAAGAUGCUGGGGAUGCUAAGGAGGCUAAGAAAAUCCGGGCCGUCAUGAGGGAAACCGUUGACCUCUCUGGAGCAGCAAAUACGGGAGACUUUCUGCCAAUCCUGCAGUGGGUUGAUUUUUUUUGGAAUGAAGAAGAAGUUUAUGGAGUUAUCAAGAAAGAUGGAUAAGUUCUUGCAGGAUCUAAUUGAGGAGCGUCGUCAAAUUAUGUCCGGAGAUUCCACUUCAACGGGAAGAUCAGAGGUCAAGAAAGUAAUGAUCGAUAAUUUUAUUGGCAAUGCAAGAAACAGAUCCGAAGUCUUACACUGACGAAAUAAUUAAGGGAAUCAUCAUGCUUGUGAGCAAGGCUUACUUAGCAAGGGAGGUGCUAAGUGCCGCACGGGAGUGUUGGAAAAGUUAGGCCCGUGACAGUUGGUAUCAGAGCCAAUUGCUGCUCAAGCAUAUCGUUGGUGCAACGUGUAAGUAGGCAAGAUGGCUAGCUCGGACGUUACCAUCAAUGUGGAGGGAGCUACCGAGGUGCGAGGUCGUGAAGAGCAACGCAACCCCAAUGCGGGAAGCAGAGGCAUAAGUCCAAGUCCAAGGAUGUGAUGACGGGCGUAGAGUUGCGCUUGGAGGAGCAUGCAUCCCGAGUACAAGAACUGUUUGAGGCGCUGGAGAGUCGCCUAGAUGGGCUAGAGUCGGAGGACAUUGCCAUCAACCAAGCCGUGAGAGGAUUACUCAACGGACUAGACGAUGCCUUAAGGAGGGAGCUCCGUGCGACACACGACCAAUGCAUGGGGGAGGUAGCAGACCUUCGUGCCAUGUUGGAGAGAGAAUUGGAUGCCAUCCGCACCCAAAUGGAGGAUAUGCGGGGUGAUUGGGCUCUUUGCAAGAGGGCGGUGGCGUCGGGGACAACCACCAUCCGCGAGGGGCCAUGAAUCGAUGUACCAAAGCCCAAGUCCUACUCCGGGGCAAGGAAUGCGAGGGAGCUCGAGAAUUUCCUUUGGGGCUUGGAGCAAUACUUUGAAGCAAUGGGCAUUACGGAUGAUGCUUCAAAGAUAAGGACUGCCACUCUCUACCUUAGCGACACGGCAAUGUUAUGGUGGAGAAGGAGGCAUAGCGACAUCGAGAGAGGUACGUGCACUUUUCAUACUUUUGAUGAUUUUAAAAAGGAUCUCAAAAGGCAAUUCUAUCCGGAGAAUGCCGAAGAUGAGGCAAGGAGUCGCCUUCGACGACUCAAGCAAGUAGGCCAUAUCCGAGAAUACAUCAAGGAGUUCACCAACUUGGUGUUGGAGAUCUCGGACCUAUCGGAUAAAGACUCCCUUUUCUACUUCAUGGAUGGUCUACAACCUUGGGCCAAGACGGAGUUGAAGAGGCGUGGAGUACAAGAUUUGGCUAGUGCCAUUGCGUAUGCCGAAGGCUUCAUCGACUACUCCAACCAAAGAGACUCUCUAAAGCCAAAGGAAUGGAAAGACAACCAUGGAAAAGGUGGGGGAGAACCUAGUAGGUCCAAAGAGGAUGAAAGGGAAGAAAGUGCACAUAAGCCAAAGAGCUCAAAAUGGAAGCCGCCUAGAGAAGGUAAGGAUGCUUCCAAACCUAAAAACUCUUGUUUCUUAUGUGAUGGACCACAUUGGGUUAGGGAUUGUCCGAAGAGGAAGGGUUUGAAUGCCAUGACUACCCAAUACGAGGAGAAGCAAGAGGAAGGAGCUAGUAUAGGUUCCUUACAACUGUUGAAUGCUAUCAAGGCUGCUCCGAAGGAGACAAAGAAGGGUGGCCUAAUGUUCGUGGAGGCAAAACUCAAUGGGGUGCCCACCAAGGCGUUGGUGGACACGGGUGCCUCACAUAAUUUCCUAUCGGUGGAGGAGGCACAAAGGCUUGGGAUCGAGGCAACCAAAGGAAGGGGCUCCGUAAAGGCGGUGAAUUCCGAUGCGAAGCCACUCCAAGGAGUUGCUAGAGGUGUGAACACCACCAUCGGGGAUUGGGAGGGCCAAUUGAACCUAACGGUGGUGUCCAUGGAUGACUACAAGGUUGUCCUUGGUAUGGACUUCUUCAACCAAGUAAAGGCUUUCCCACUCCCAUUUGCAAACAAGUUAUGCAUCAUGGAUGGGGGAACGACGUGCAUGGUGCCUACGGAACAAGCUAGCAAGCGGGAGGCUAAAGUCUUGUCGGCACUGCAGGUUGAGAAGGAGGAGCAACUCAACCUGGUUGCUACCCAAAAGCCUAGUGAGGAUGCCCCAAGCCAUAUCAAGACAUCUCCUAAGGUACAAGAUGUGCCAAAGGAGUUGAACCAAGGGAGUUUGUGUGCAGUGGCCUCAAGUUGUGGAGACAACGAGAGGAAACAUGUGGAGGCUAAGGGAGGGACCUUAGUCAAACCACUGUCUCAACCACACAAGGUGCAUGAGGGGGUGAUAGAACCCCAUAGGAAGUCACUUCCCAUUGUAGGGAAAGGGGGCAAGGAAGCCCCAAAGAAAGGUAAGCCAAGAAAGGCACCCAUGGUAGUAGCGACUUCACCCGACAAAGAUGUGGAAGCCACACCUGCGGAUCGAGUCGUUCAACGUGAAGGCGUGCCUAACUACUUGGUGAAGGAGAAGGACCUGCUGAAUGGUGAAGUAAGUGGGGAGCACGAGGAUACACAACGGCAACUCAAAGAUCACAUUCGGCGGGCAAGGAAGAAGGCGCGACGAGGGCGUCGCGAGUUUAGGUGGGGGAGAGUGUCACGUCCCGCGAAAAAGGAGUAAAACCCUUGAGGUUUAACCGGAAGACUCCACACUCUCCAUGAAGAUCCAUGAGAAGCCCGGAAUAUUCUAGAGGAUUCAAGAGAAACCUAGACUAAUGGAGAUGAGAAUCUCUCUAGAAUACUCCAUGUAAAUAUCUUGUACAUAACCCUAGAAUAAUCUAGAACCCUAACUAGAUAGGUGACAUGUUUACAUAUCUAGAACUUUCCUACAUGCCAAGCCCUCUAUAUAAAGGGGUUGGACUCUCAUUUGUAAUACAUCCAAACAUAUCCAAGCACAUCCAAGAAUAUCCAAGAAUCCAAGUAUUCUAGCAAUACAAGUAUUCUCCAUAUUCUCUCAAACUCUCCUACUUCCGCUCUCUCACUCUUAGCUUCCGCAUUUUCAUAGCUUGUGAGCAAGGCUUACUUAGCAAGGGAGGUGCUAAGUGCCGCACGGGAGUAUUGGAAAAGUUAGGCCCGUGACAAUAGUCUCUAGAUGAUUCUAGCAACGAUCAAUAUGUUCAUGUAGUGUCAGUGCCGUUUUACCAAAAAAACAAACAAGCGUCAGUGCCGUAAAUUCCAACUACCCCUGUAUAUAUUUUUUUUCCCCCACAAACCCUUCUUUUUUGAUUGAAUGCAUGGGCAAGUUAGUUUUUCUCCGAAGGCAGGCGAUACAAAAAUAAUGGGCUGCGAGUAAAUUAAUAGGAGGAAGAUGCUAUUAUUUUCAUGCAUGUAUUCAUUUACUUAUAUAUACGUGGUAUCUACUACCUGCGAAU